CGGGGCCGGGCUAGCCCGCGCACGCGGGCAGUCCCGGCGGAGCUGAGAGGCCGACACAGAAGCGGCCCUUGGGCGCCAGCCCCAGCAGCACGUGCCGCGCCUCAGGCGGCCCCAUCCGUUGCUGCCGGAACCCAAGCGCGCGGCCCCGGUUCCCGGCCGGUGGGGCUUCCCCAGCGCUCCGCAGGCCGUUGCCAGGGCUCGGGGCCCGAGGAGGCGUCCCAGGCAUGGAGGAAGAGGACACGAGAGAUUAUAGUGAACCUUGUGUACAGUGUUCUGUUGUAAACUGGGGUCUUACUGAAGAAGGCAGAUUUUAUUGCAAGUCUUGUCACAAUGUCAUAGAGAGGACUAAAGAGGUUUUAACUUCUGAUGUUGUUCCUAACGCAAAGAUCCAGUCCAUCUCCAGAGGAUUUAGAAAGAGAAAAAAAAUUGAUAAAGGCUGGGAAUGGUAUGUUUGUGAAGGUUUUCAGUACAUACUCAAGAAGCAAGCUGAAGCUCUGCAAACUUUAGGAGUGUGUCCACAGAUGAAGGAUGCAAUUCUAUGCAAUUUCUGGAGACAUUACCUUCAGAAGAGCAAGCAGGCAUAUUGCACAACACCAGUUAGUUAUACUAGCAAAACAUUAUCCAUAUCUGAUGUCAGUACAGAUGUGGAUAGCGAACCAGAGAGAAUAAGUAUUCAUGGCUUGUCAUCUUUCUCUGAAAGUGAUGGAGAUUUACGGACAGAAAGCAGCUUUGGAUAUGUUUCUUCCAUUGGCAAAGCCUCAGCAAGAGAAACCAAAUCUGUCUGCUCCGGAUCGGUAGAUGGCAGCUCGUAUGUACUUAAGAGGAAAAAAGGGAACUUGAGGAUGUCUAUGCCAAUGACACUUUCAUUCUGCUAUAUUGCAUUACUCUGGCUGAGAGAACCAGUGACAUUAUCAGAUCUCUUAAGGUUUGUUAUAGAUGGUCACAUUCCUUACUUGAAUGCUUUUCAGUAUUUUCCAGAGGAGAUGAAAUUAUAUGGAGCUGAUCUCAAGAUCUUUCAUGUAGAGUCUUGGCCAGUGUAUGAAGAUGUGCAUAACAAGAUGUUUGAACUUGCAGCGUUUUUAGAUUUGCCUCGUUUUCCAGCUAUAACUGAUAGCUGUUUUCUUCAUCCAAACAUCUUGUGCAUGAAAUAUCUGAUGGAGGCCAACUUACCUGAUGAAUUGCACAAUUGGACUUGCAGAGUGGUAAAAAAGAUCAGUGCUGGAGAAACAGACUUUCUGACACUUGAUCCUGUGAAUAAAUCGGCAAGGAAAGUAAAAUAUGAUGUUCUUGCUGUAUCCAUCAUUAUAGUGGUGCUCAAAUUACUAUUUUUACUAGAUGAUCAGUAUGAAUGGUUACUUGCAAACUUGGCUGGAAAAAGAAAUCAAAAGAACAAAGAAGGCUGCCUGUGGUUUGAUUUCAAAAAGUGGUACAAGAUUAUAAAGAAGACUGUGGACAUGGAACAGAAGAAAUUAGAUGAAGAAAGAGCCCGGUGUCUGUGGAAAUGUGAAAAACCACUAUUCUACUCAGCCAAGGAAAAAUCUGUGGUUCUUAAGAAACGACAAAUGGUGGUGAACUUACAAAGACAGUUUGGUGCACUGUCUGGUUCAAGGCAAGUUGCUGAAAAGCAAAGCCCUUCAAGUUUCCAGUUAAAUUGGGCUGAAGAAAACACAGAUGGAAAUUGUUUUCAUGGGCAUAUCCUAGAGGGAGUUUUGCAAGAAAAAGGCAAUUCACUUACAACCAUGAACACCAAGUAUUGGCUGUGUACAGUUAAACUAUGUAAUAAGAAGAUAUGUGGGCAACUGACACACUAUAAAGAGUCAGACUUUCCACAGAGCUACCAGUUUGUGUUAAACGUGUUCUCCUUCCUCCUAAGGGUACCAGCCUCUCUCAUCCAUGAAGAGGUAUGUUUAAUAGAACACAAACUGUUUAAAACAAAACUCCACAGAAAGUAACACAAAACAAAACAUUCAUGUCCAAGAAAAUGGAAAGUCCUAAAGAUCACAGAUGGUAAAUGAAAAAGUUAAGAACUAUGGCCCUAGUCCUGCAACUGCAUCCAUGCAUACAGACCUAACACCCUCACGAAGCUCCACUGUUCUCAGCGUGAUGCUGUAUGGGUGGAUCUGCCACUGCCUGUCUCACUGCCAAUUCGUGGUUUCAGUGCAUCUACAUUACAAAGAACAAUGGGAAACCACAUGAGGGAAAAGUUACUGAAGCAACUGCAUACCAAAGUUUACAUCCACUUGUAUUAAAGGUAAUGGGAAGUUUAUUAAAGUAGUAGUUUUUUGGCAUACAUACAUACUUGUGUGUAUCUUGAUUGCAAAGUGCAGCAAAUAAGCAUUUAGAUUAUAUUAAUUGUUCAUUUUACUGAAGAGUUUGCAUUUCAAAAUAGUCUGUAUCUUGUUUGGGGUUUUUUAACUUGUAUAAGAGCAAAUGUUACCUAUUUCUAAAAAGAACUAUUUGUUUACAUUUGAAAUAAAAAAACUGCUAAAAAACAACUCUGGGAAAAGAGGUGUUUAACAGAGGGUUUUAUUGGCGUGAUCUGACAUUUGGGUUGCAACUCACUAUUUUGAAAGAUCAGAUUGAUUGAUUGGAAGGAGCCUUGCAAAAUUCUCUCUUGGCCUCUUUACAUUUCUUCUUUUCCUGUUCUCCUCCUCACCCUUUGCUAUGCCCAAGCUUCUUACUUAGCCAUUAUUUUAUAUCCUUCUCCCACUCCAGCCUCAUGGUUUCUUCUGUGCUUCCCCUUUAACACCUGGAACUCCUCCCUCCCUUUCCUGGUACACCACAUGCUGGGUUUCUUUCUAUCUUUCUUCUGCAAGGCUUUCUGACAGUGAUCAUAAUUAAAUUAUUCCACUUGUCACCUGAAGAUGUGUUGAGCCUCAUCCAUCUAAUAGCUGUCUAAGUCCUAGCUUUAUUUUUCAUGCACUGAGUAAGUUGCUCAACUAAAUCAGCCAGAACAGACAAGGUGGAGAGAAAGCUGGAUGCCAACACCAUCAUAGCUAGGGCCCUACCAAAUUCUCAGUCCAUUUUGGUCAAUAUCACAAUCAUAGGAUUUUUAAAAUCAUGAAUUUCAUGGUGUUGUAAGGGUCCUGACACAAACAGGAGUUGUGAGAGGAUCGCAAGGUUAUUGUAGGGAAGGCGUUGCAGUACUGUUACUCUGACUUCUGCACUGCUGCUGGCAGUGGUGCUGCCUUCAGAGCUGGGCAGCUGGAGAGUGCCAGCUGCUGGCUGGGAGCCCAGCUCUGAAGGCAGAGCCACCACCAGCAGCAGCGCAGAAGUAAGGAUGGUAUGGUAUGGUAUUGUCACCCUUCUGCACUGCUGCCUGCAGAGCUAGGCCCUCAGUCAGCAGCUACCACUCUCUAGCUGCCCAGCUCUGAAGGCAGCAGCGCAGAAGUAAGGAUGGCAUGGUAUUGUAUUGCCACCCUUACUUCUGCGCUGCUGCUGGAAGGGCACUGCCUUCAGAGCUGGGCACCUGGCCAGCAGCUGAUGCUCCUUGACCACCCAGCUCUGAAGGCAGAGCAGAAAUAAGGGUGGUAAUUAGGGAUGUAAAUAACAUGUAAAAACAAUAAUCGUGUAACUGAUUAAAAUUCUGUCUGUUACACGGUUAAACAUUUAGACAGGGUGCAGGAGGUGCUGCAGCACCCACACGUUUUAGGCCAGUUUCUGCUGCCAGCCCAACACCCAGGUUUCUGUGCAGGGCGGCAGCAGAUCCCCAGGCACGCCAGGAUGCCAGGCGAGCAGCCAGGACCCUGAGGAUGUGAGGGGCCAGCAGACAGGACCCCAGGCAGAGUUUAAUUGCUAACAGAAACCAAUAAGCAUCAAUUUUAUCGGUUAACCGGUUAAACUUUUACAUCGCUAGUGGUAAUACCACAACCCCCCUAAAAUAACCUUGUGAGCCCCCUGCAACUUCCUUUUGGGUCAGGACCCCCAAUUUGAGAAACACUGGUCUCCUCUGUGAAAUCUGUAUAGUAUAGGGUAAAAGCACACAAAAGACCAGGAUUUCAUGGUGGGAGACCAAUUUUCAUGGUCCAUGACGCAUUUUUUAUGGCCAUGAAUUUGGUAGGGCCCUUAUCAUAGCCCAUGUUUUCUCAUUGUGCUUUCUAAUGGACUUACAUACGUUUGAACAGGAGUAAGAAGUAGAUACCAUGUAGGCUGGAAUCUUUGUGGCAGAUAAACGGUUGCCUAACACCAUUCUUUGGUGUCUCAGCUAAAAUUAAUAAAAGCCAGUGCCUCCAACCCCUAAUAGGGAGCACAAAUGUUACCAAAUUCAAUUAUACUAAAGUCAGCUGACAUCUAAAAUGAUUACUAUGGACAGCAUGUCCCAUCUGGGGGUGUGGGAAGGCUCUUAGGGUUUGUCUACACCAAGGGUUCUCAAACUGGGGGUCAGGAUCCCUCUGGGGGUUGAGGUUAUUACAUGGGGGGUCACGAGCUGUCAGCCUCCACCCCAAACGCCGCUUUGUAUCCAGCAUUUAUAAUGGUGUUAAAUAUAUUAAAAAGUGUUUUUAAUUUAUAAGGGGGGUCGCACUUAUAGGCUUGCUAUUUGAAAGGGGUCACCAGUACAGAAUUUUGAGAACCACUGAUCUAUACAACAAAGAAAAACCUGCAGCUGGCCUAUAUCAGCCGACUUGGGCUUGUGGGGCUUGGGCUGCAGUGUUGUUUUCAUUGCUGUGUAUUCUGGAGCCCCAAGCUCUGGGAUCCUCCCACCCCACAGGAUCCUAGAGCUUGGGAGCGAACCUGAGCCCAGAAGGUGUACACAGCAAUGAAACAGUCCUGCAGCCUGAGCCAGCCACAGGUAUCUAGUUACUGUACAGACAUAAUCUUAAAGAGCUUCCAACUUCUCUCAUGAGCAAGAAGCCCAGGCUGCAGCGGUGAGUUAAUCCCAGAAGGUGGCCGGUGCAGUGGGUCCUCUCUCUGGUGGUCAGGUCUCCUCAGUCAUUGUUUAAAUAAAAUUAUAAAGUUGAAAUCUGAAGACUGAGAAUGGAUCUUGUAGGUUGUAGGAAAGGAGAUGUACUGCCCUUAACUUCUGGAACCAAGAGGGGAAAAAGCAACACUCAAACUGUGAAGAUCACAGGGAAAGGAGCCCAGAGAUGGUUAGGAAGUUAGAGCUAGGUCACAGAAAGCACCUGGAAAGUUUUGCACACCAAGGGGGAAAAUUCAUUCAAAACUGAACAGAAGGUCAGUGAAAGUGAUAACUUGCUACCUUGAAACAAAAAUCUGAAACUUAGGGUGGUCUUAACACAAACAGGGAGUCAGAGUAGUAGGCUUGAGAUUGUGACAUGCUCUGAUACUAGGGAGAUUAUAUAGUGCCAACAACAACAAAAUAAGUGUGUGUUGAGAGGGCGGGAGGAGACUGAGAUGUGAAUUGUGUUCAUUCGUAUUAAUGAUUCGUAGCGCUUGUACAGUGCUUAGGUGCCUUAGGCAUAUCUAAAGAUCUAAAUAGAAAUUGUACUGGGCAUGUCAUACAGGCAUGAAGAGAGAGACCAAUUCUGAUAAUUUUAUAUGUAAAUUGACUCAGAUAAAUUUCAUGCAUUGUGUUUUUAGUGCCACAAUUUUUGUUUAGAUUUUAAGAUUUGUUAUCUAUGUUGACCCUUCCUAGAGUUUUUAGGCCUUUUGGAAGAGAUUUCUGAUGUGGUUAUGAGAUAUGCAGCCCCAGUUGCUAUUUUUAUUAGCAGUUAAAUUCUUGUUAAAUAAUAAUGCAAGUUUCCUUGUCACUUUUUAAAAAAGUUUGAAAUACCUUCUUUUAUACACUGUCUUAAUUGUAAACUACUUAUCCUUUUAUUAGUCAAAAUGCCUUAUUCCUGUUACUACAGUAUUUAUCAUUUGUUUCAAGUUCACUAGCUAAAAGACACACAGUAUUUAAAGUAACACAAAAGGCUGUAUUUAACUUCAUUUGAAAGACUACAUAUGCUUAAUUACAGACACAGCUUUCUUUUAAAGCUACUGUAGUGGUAAAAAUAGUGUGACCAUACUCAAUCUACGAAUGUAACAAUGCACCCUUAGAUGUUGGAAUAAAUUAAAGUUGUGCUUUAAUAAACAGAAAUAAAGCUUGCAAUUCAUCA